AUGAAUCAAUCUAAUACAUCAAAACUUUCUACAUUCACAUCAGUUAUUCCUAAUCAACAAUCAUCAACUACAUUUCAUGGAAAAGGUUAUAUUAAUAUGGGCCCAUUAAUUGCUAAACAUUAUGAAAUAAAACAAGCUUCGAGUUCAAUUGAACCAUCAAUUAGUAACAAUCAAUAUGAAUUCAAAGUCAUGCUAUUAGGUGAUAGUGGUGUUGGGAAAACAUGUAUACUCAUACGAUUUGAUAAUGAAACAUUUUUAACUAAUAAUUUUCAUAGUACUGUUGGUAUUGAUUAUCGACAUAAAGUUAUAACACUUGGAAAUAAAAAAAUUAAUUUACAAAUAUUUGAUACAGCUGGUCAAGAACGUUUUCGAUCUGUAACACAUGCUUAUUAUCGUGAUGCACAUGCAUUAUUAUUAAUAUAUGAUGUAACAUCUUAUUCAUCAUUUGAAAAUAUAUCAGUUUGGUUAAAUGAAAUAAAAGAAUAUACACAUAAUGAUAUAAUAAUAAUGUUAAUUGGAAAUAAAGUUGAUAAAUCUCAACGUGUUGUAUCACGAGAAGCUGGUGAACGUUUAGCACAAAAUUAUCAAAUUUAUUUUCUUGAAACAUCAGCUAAAACAGGUCAAAAUGUUGAAUUAGCUUUUAUGACAACAGCUCAAGCUAUACUUGAUAAAAAAUUACAUACAAAUAAUACAAAUCAUUUAUUAAAUGAUAAAAUUAAACUUAAAAAUACUGAAUUAAAUAAUUCAUGUUGUUAA